CGCCACAUUUAUGUUGUUGUUUGUGGCGGUAAGAUGGCGGCGCUCGGAGACACCUCAGCUCCGGGGGUGAACGGGUUAAUACAACAAUUCACAGCAAUAACAGGAGCCACAGAGAGCGUAGGGAAACAUAUGUUGGAAGCAUGUAACAACAACCUGGAGAUGGCAGUGACCAUGUUCCUGGAUGGAGGUGGGAUAGCAGAGGAGCCCAGCACCAGCUCCAGUUCAGCAGCUUCAAGCAGCAGAGCACCCCCUUCAGAUGAAGUACGAGCGCCCAUUCCGCAGAAGCAGGACAUAUUAGUGGAACCAGAACCACUGUUUGGAGUGCCAAAGCGGAGAAGACCUGCUCGGUCAAUAUUUGAUGGUUUCCGAGACUUCCAAACAGAAACAAUCCGCCAGGAACAGGAGCUGCGUAACGGUGGGACAGUGGAUAAGAAACUGAGCACCCUGGCAGACCUUUUCCGUCCUCCCAUUGAGCUCAUGCACAAAGGCAGCUUUGAGACGGCAAAAGACUGUGGACAGCUGGAGAACAAGUGGCUAAUGAUCAACAUUCAAAAUGUUCAGGACUUCGCCUGUCAGUGCCUGAACAGGGAUGUUUGGAGUAACGAUGCAGUGAAGACCAUCAUCAGAGAACACUUCAUAUUCUGGCAGGUAUAUCAUGAUAGUGAAGAGGGACAAAGAUACAUCCAGUUCUAUAAGCUGAACAAGUUUCCCUACAUUUCCAUCCUCGACCCCCGCACAGGUCAAAAAAUGGUGGAGUGGAACCAGCUGGAUGUGGCAUCGUUCCUGGAGCAGGCGUCCGGCUUCCUGGCAGAGCACGGGCAGCUCGACGGGCCAUCCUGCCACGCACCCCCUGCCAAACGAGCUCGCUCUGAGAGUCUGAUUGAUGCCAGUGAAGACAGUCAGCUGGAGGCAGCAAUCCGAGCCUCCCUACAGGAGACCCACUACGAGUCCUCAAAUGUCCCCGAAGCCCCCGAUUCCCCUCGAUCAGAAGACGAAUCAGAUGCAGAGCCUUUCUCUGACAGUGAGGGUCCCAUCUCUGUUGAUGGCUCAGACAGUGAAACGCCAGUACCCCACGAAGAGAAAAGUUCUACCAGCAAACACACCCCAGUCCCUUCGGCCCCUGCGGCACAGCAACGUCUACAUCCCGAUAGUUCAACUUCUUCCCACAGAAAGUCUCCGUACAAAGAAAACAACCACAGUCACAAGAAAGAGGAGAGUAAAAAGAACCAUCUGGAGCCCUCGGCUGCUGGUCCUCGUCAUCCUCAGCCUCUCCCAGAUUCUGGAGGGAACCACUGUUCCCCAGCAGCAGAAAGCGCUGGACCGUCAAAGACCAGCACCACCAACACCUGUGACGUGGACUGUCCUGAUGACAAUGGUCCCAAAGCCAGGUUGAUGCUCCGUUACCCAGAUGGACAGAGAGAGCAAAUUUCCUUGUCUUCUAAAGCAAAACUAUUGGCCCUGGUAAGACACGUACAAUCCAAGGGUUACCCUAACGAACGCUUCGAACUCGUCACCAACUUUCCCAGAAGGAAGCUUGCCCACUUGGACUAUGACAUCACACUGCAGGAGGCGGGGCUUUGUCCACAGGAGACUGUAUUUGUGCAGGAGAGGAACUAGCCUUUUCCCAGACACACUCACUUUUUGCUUUUCUGUAUCUCUCUGGUAGACCUCACCCUUUCACCAAUGAUCUGGGACGAUGUUACUGGCCUUGAUCCCAUAACCUUCUGUUCACCUGGAAUUAGGCCCUGUUUUUUUGCCAAGACAACUCUUAGUGGCUGGACUACUUUCCCGGCCACUCUACUGACAGCCUAAUCCCUUUGUAGUGCUCUACCAUUGGCCAGUAAGGUGUUGCAGACACCAGGUAUUUUUUAAUGUGUUAAAUUCUGUUUUGAUGCAGGCUUCAGUUCAUUCUGAUCACUGAGGCACAUCACAAUAGAAUAUAUAUGAUAUAGUUCAUAUUUAAAUAAAAUUUAAAAAAAACCCAAAUAAAGGAUCGUAAAUUGUCAAUGAGGCACCAGGGACUUGUACAAAAAGACUUUUACCUCCCAGAAAGGACGUUAAAUGUCAGAGUUUAUUUUCUAGCUCUUCUUGUCAUUUUCUGUACCUGGGGACAGGUAAAGGGAGGCUCAUUCUUGUUUAUUUUGACCCAAAUUUGGUCUCUCACUCGGUCAUUGUUUGAACAAUUGUAAUUAUUUGGAAAGCAGGGGCAAUAAGAGAAAAGAUCUGCAAAUUACAACUCAAAAUAAAUGUGUCAGAUAUCAGUGACACACUUGUGUAGAUCUGAGAGGAUUUGGGUAGAUCUACACAUUUUUACUCAAGUUUCUAUUAGAGACUAGUAGAUUGUUUUUGGAUUUCAACUUUUGAUACAGAAGGGAAUGAAUGAAGGGUGGUACAUCUCAUCAGUCGGACCUACACUGUACAGAGAUGGCUUAGAGAGACUGAUAUUUAGCUGUAGUCAUUGUUUCUUUUCUUUUUUUAUAUGCUGCCGAGAAAAUAUGCUGAUGUUGAAAUAUAACCACCAAAACCAAGGGAGAUUCUGCUUGGUCUUUUCUUACUCUAUUGUAUAAACUAGUUAUUGAAAGAAAAAACAAUUAAAAGUCUCAUAGAGACAGAAAAGGAGCAACACCCCAGAAUCAACCCCAACAAAUUACAAUGCAGAUGUUUGUUGUACUGUGGAUAGGAACAAAAGAGACAGACUACGUUUGAAGAAAAUGAUCAUUCUGAAUGUGAUAUGAAAAUGAUUGCCUGAUUUACUGGUCAUGUGUUGUACCUCAAAGAAUGACAUUGUCUACUAAAUGAAACAGGACAGUAGCUAUAUAAAGAUGUGAGAUUUUUCACGCAUCAGCCAAUUUACUAGUUUAAACUAGUCCGUCCCUUAACAGAAAGGAUGAUGGAGGCAGGAUCUAGGUCUGAUGCACAUGGUUAUAACUACAGUUUUUUAAAGAAGAUGCAGCAAUCAACCUUUUGAUGUAAAACGUGCCUUCAGUGUAAACAGCUGUUGCAGUUUCACACAGUUCUUCACGUGGUCAGUUGGUGGUGGUAAUGUGCAACAAUUCACCAAUAAAUGAGAAGAAGAAGAAGAAGACGAUUAAACAAGUAUAACUAAUGAAGGUUUCACAAUAUACAAAUAAGCUUUGCAAAUGUUUACAGCGGUAUAGGAAAUAAUGUCAGUGUGUUAGACUCUUAGUUCACAGUGAACCAAGCUGUAGCAGUUAGUUCUGCUGAGAAGCCGCUUUCUCUUGUGAUACUUUUUUUGUGUUUAAAAGUUUCUUGUCAAGCACUCCAA